GACGCUUUAUUUUUGUUUGUUCUCUUCUAAUUAACUCAAUGACCUCACUCUUCAUGUGGCUACUUCAAUUGUAGCAAGGAAAUAUUGAGCACUUAUCAUUCAGGAUGGACAAAAACAAAAUGAUACUUGGUACGCAAGGAACCAACAUUGCAACCGACAGGUGGAAAACGGCAGAGUUUCGGCAUAAGAUUGUGAGAAAAGUCAUGGAUGAAUUAAUUGAGAACGGUAUGCCUUAUCAAAAAUUCAGUUUAUCUGAGCUCGCUAAUUCUGUAGAAAGAUUUGAGAUGAAAGUAUAUAAUUCUGCAAAAACAGAGGAAGAGUACCUUGCUUUGGUAAAAUCAAAGGUUAAAUCCAUACGUGCACUGUCUCGAAAGUAUGAAUCAAAACAACUGCACACAAAUGCUUCUGGCUCCGCAGGAAAAGAUGCAAAUAUAGAUUGGCAGGAGCUAACUUAUGAAAAGUUUCAAAAAUUGAAAGACAAAUAUUACAGACAACUUGCUCCCCUUUACCAAAAGAUUACUAUCAAACUUCAAGAGUUUGAGUCUUCUACUCAAUAUAUUAGCAGCAAAGAAUUGGCAAAAUUCAAAAACAAUAAGACUGCAAUGGAAUACCUUUUUUCACUCUUUGAUAUGAACAAAAGUCAGAUUACCACUGAGAUCAAGGAUCGAGCAGGCGAAGCAGAACAUUACAUAGAAAUGCUUUUAAAGACCGUUUCUCCAAAUAAUCAAGGAAAUCAGACAUCUGACUUGCAAUUCAAGCAACCACUUGGCCCUUCAAAUUCUAAAAAUUCACAAACUAACAAUAUGCAUUUGCAAGAGCCCCGAGUGGCAGUACAAAUUGGCAAUUCACAACCGCAUUCAAAUCAACCUUCGUUCGCAAAAGAACCUGGCAAUGCUGUACAAGAGCAAACAAAGCUUGCACAACAAGAAACUGGAGCAUUCAAUGUAAGCAUCAACCCUUCGAGGAUUUCAUCUUCUCCCAUGAGUAAAGACAACAACAAUCAAUUUUCUCAAAAAUCUUCCGUCGUUUCUGAAGAAGAGCCAAGUCCUGAGAUGCAGCGAUUAAUUAAAGCGCUGACCAACAUUUCACCUGAAGCACUGAGGGCAUCGGUUAGUGACAUUGAAGAGGUAGUCCGUUUGAGUGAUGCAUUACCGGCGGCAGCAUUCAUCGGUGCACUGCCAGAUAUGGUAGAUGAACUAGGAUUACCAAUCCUUCAUAUUCCAGAAGGAUGGAAAAUGCCUCGCAGCUUUGUAGCAACGGCCUUUGAUUCAACAUUCUUGAAUGUAACGAAUUUUGGCAACCAGUCGACUAACACUGAGGAAUCUGACUUCAAUUCAUUCACGUUUCAAGCAAAACGUCCUAGAAAUGCGGAAAAUAAACAUCUUUUAGCAGAAAUAAAAGAGAUAAACAAUCGAUUUAUCGAUUGUGAGGUCAUUAUCGAUGAAAAGGAUAAUAUCGAACAACCAUUUGGAAUAGCUACUGAGCAAACUGAAGGAUUAGUUAUUAAAAUAAUUUUCAAUGCAGUGAGUAUCAGUCAGAACCUCGUAUAUGAGUUCACUACUGAUAAAAAGUCAUUGAUCACACCGCUACGGUUGCUUGUUCCUCCAAGUUAUCCAUCUUCCUCUCUUGUUAUUCUUGACGAAUUGCCGUUUGAAAUCAGUGAUGACCUGAGAGCUCUAACAGAGAGAACAAAAGCAAAGCUGAGAUUUAAUCUCCAAAGCAUGAAUCAACCAUGGGUUCUUAAAGAUAUAACAAGAUUAUGGGAACGUUGUGCUAGAGAAGCAAUCAAUGAGUAUGCACUUACUAUUGGUGGUGGAACAUUUACCUCAGUGCAUGGAGGUUGGGAGGUUUGUCGAUUCUGACUUCUGCUGUUUGGUAAUUCUGCAGAACAGUUCUGUGUAGAAGUAUGAAAAUUUAGGGUCUAUUUGCAAGCUGGUUUUUGAAGAGUUUUAAAUGAAAGGCUUAUGGAAGAUUAAGUUUAAUUUUCACAUAUAUUUGAUAUAUAAGAAAAAUUGAAAGAACAACGUGAUAUUAUAUACUCAUUUAUCAUGUUGUUCUUUCAAAAAAUUUAAAAUAUCAUAUAUAUUAAAAGAUAAGUUUAGUCCUCCAAAAACUUCUAAAAUCUUGUCUUCAAAAUCCAACUCACAAAGACCCUUCAGGAUAAUUCAAGACUUAUUGGUUUGAUGAACUUGAAAAUUUUAGUUGUAUAAGUAAGAUGUUCAUGGUUAUGCUUGUUUGUAUUUAUGGGAAAAAUUGGAAGCUAUGAUUACAUACAUAAAGAACUUCAAAGGGUUUUGUAACUUUGGUAUAUGAGACCAUUUUCUUGAUAAUGA